AUGUCUCGGUCCUUCAAAGGGUGCAAGCGAUGCAAAGCAAGGAGGCAGAAAUGCGACGAGCAACAUCCAGAAUGUGGUCGAUGCAAGGCAACCGGAGUGCAAUGUAGAUAUGCCAUGGAGCUACAAUGGGGUGGACGAGCCUUUUCACGAUCAAGAUUUGGCGCCUGUGGGCCCGGAAUGCAGAAAUUGGAAUAUUCUCCGGGCGAGUUUAUUUAUACUACAGGGAAGUCCGAAAGUACUUCACCUGUAGAGUCAUUAACAACUAUUCCCGUUUCUUCGCCGUCCUCUUCACCAUCUGCGGACUUACCAAUAACGCGCGGAAUUGACCCCUUUUCGUCCUUAUCACCCAGUCAAAAAGCGCUGCUCCAUCAUUUUAUCAGCGAUGCAUCACGUGUCACGUCAUGUCAUAGUGGCAUGCAGCAAGAUAUCUGUCAGAUGAUUGUCCCAAUGGCUCUACAAACACCAUCUCUUCUAUAUGCAACCAUGGCCUUGUCCGCUAUUCAUAUUGAGGCAUUGAAUAACCAUUCCGGCACCGUCAAGGCUGCACCAGAUAUUGCUCGAUUGAUGGCACGGAGUCUGGAACAUUUCCGCCUGGAACUACAGGAUUCCUCACGCAAAGGCUCGGACGUCCUCUUGGCCACGGCACGCACUCUCUGUCUCGCCGAGAUACACUCUGGCGCUAUUCAGCCGAACACGUGGAGGGCACAUGUCGAAGGAGCCAAGGCAUUGAUGAGCACAAAAACACCUUCGUCGUACACCCCGGCAACGGGUUUUCGCAAGUACCUCGAUCGCUGGUAUCGAUCGAUAGUUGCUCUCACGGCGCUCAACGGGAAUGGGCCUCCUAUUGGUGAGACGUGGGCUCAUACAGACACGACAGUAUCCGAUGACCCGGAUUAUCUGGAUGACUACUGGGGGUUCACUGUCCACUUGGCCCGUAUUUUCCGGGAGAUUGGAGCUUUAGCUUGGCAGCGACAUCAAGACAACAUCACCACAUCCCAGUUCAAAACCUUGGAGCCAAUCAAGGAGGAGGAAGAGAAGGAUGUAGAAUCGAAUAUAGAUGAACAGGCAGCGAGGUUGGAAAAGUCAGUCCUUGGAUUGAUUGCUCGUUACAAUCAAAAUGCUGGACUUGUUUUCUAUCCGGGAGUGAAAGAAAAACUGUCCGAGGAGUCAAUACGGGAGUUCAUGCUAUGCAACGAAGCUUUCCAACACACUGCGCUAAUACACAUUCACCGGCGAGUACGCAAAGUGCCUGCUACUUCACCUGAAGUGCAGUACUCCGUGAAACGGAUUCUAGCAUGUACAUCCCAAAUCGCUCCGAGCAGCGGGUUGAGUCCUUGGGUAAUGCUCACCACACCACUCUUUACUGGUGGUUGUGAGGCGCUAGGUGAGGACCGGGAAGCAUUCAAGCAACUGCUUACGUUAUUGCAUAAUACAACACGCAUCCCGAACGUCUUGCAGUCGCUCGAGUUCCUGGAGAAAUAUUGGGCUCAUGGAGCACAGAAUAAGAAUGAAGAUUGGAGUCAUUUCCUAGAUCGAAUGAGCUUCGACUUCAUUCCGUAUUAG